AAAAAUAGGAAGAAUUAUACUUUGGAUUAGGCUUCUAUCAAUCAAUAUUAAAUAUCAAAUAUUGGUAUGGAUAGAGUAUCUCCUAGUCCGUCGAUAUCGAACUGUUCGCAGUAUAAGCUUGAGAGCGAUGCCGGGUCUUCAGCGUUGGCUUCAGCGGUACGAAACAAAGGAGUGGCUCUACAGAUCAUCGACAAGAAGGGAUACGCAAGAGACCCAUUAUCUUGGACAUGCGAAACACCACAGAAAUACUGGGAAGAAUCCGAUAACGCCAAGUUCGCCGUGCAAAACAAAAGAAAAGAGGAGAAACCAAAAACAGACCUCAGAAGUGGCAGUAGAUCAAACUCCAAAAAAAAUAGAGAAUACCGUUCAAGCUAUACAAACAAAAAUAAAGAAGCACUGAACCCACCUUCUGAGAGCUCUUUGGGAUCACACUUGGAAACUGAUCUAGAAGAGAGUGAUUUAUCUGCCUCGGUAGCACAUGAACAGUCAGAAGAAGGGAGCUUGAGCCAAGUGCCCAAGUUAAGUAUAAUUCCUGAAUUCAAAGGCGCAACUGCGUGGCUCAAGACAGGUAUGUUGCUGGAUAAUAGUGCUAACCUAAGUGCUUUUGUUGAAGAUCCUUUUGUUAUGCAAAGUGUUGUUGAGGAGACAAGACUUCCUGAGCCAGAACCCAAAGAAAAAGUUAUGUUGGACGAAAAUGUUCCUGAGAGUGUUGAGGAAAUUGAACACUUGAUGUUAAACAGCUACAAAGAUGACGAAUCAAAAAAAAUUCACGAUAGCUCAUGUUUGAGUUCUGGUCUGAGCUCUGGAGUAGGUGUUGAAGAUGGGCUCAGUUGCUCCUAUCCGUUGAAGCAGCAAUCCCUUCCAAGUAAAAGAGAUUUUUCUAAAAAUUCAAAACUAAGGUUUCCAAGCAAGAGUGGUGGAUAUUGGAUACCUCAUGUAAAACCUUUGUCGGAAUUUCUGGAUUUUCGUUUUGAGGAAAAGGUUUAUACAUUUUCCGAUCAGGAAAUGGAGAUUAUCAAAAAGUUGGAUUACAUCUUGGCAUGCAAAUUUUGCUAUAGAGGCUUCAACAUAGUAAUGAUGGCUUUUAUGUUUUUAGUUGUGUCAGUAUUCAUCAUGGUGACAAUAUUAUAUGCUCUCGAAAAAAUGCCUCCUACAUUUGAAGCUAUACACCUGAUGUUUUUUGACUUGGUUGUGAUGUUUGUAUUAUUUGCAAUCAAUUCAUGUGCAUCAAAAGAGGUAAGAGUUGAAGGUCAAUAUGCUGUUCGGUCAUACCUUCGGAUUUACUGGCAUUUGAUAAGAAGAAAGUUUGAUAGUUCAUUUAACAAAUGCUACAUGUUUUUGGAUGAUUGGUACGGUGAUGAUAAGUAUAAGUUUUUGAAAGCCAAAUUACAAGAGAUCUCACAAAUAGAAAAGGAAAUCAGUCAUGAGGCCGAUAGCGAUCCCGAAUUUGCAUGAAUAAUAGAU